AUGGCAGAGCGCUUAGCGAAGGGCCAGGAGUCGCUUCAGGAGAUGUUGAAGGAGUUGGAGGCUGAGCGGGAGGAGCUCCACAAAGAGAAGGCGCAACUUAACGACACCAUCACGCUGUUCAUGAAGGAUCUUCAGAAGCUACACAUCGGCGCGCAGAAUACCGUAGAGCCGGUUCUGGAAGAGGGUCCCCUGGACUUUGUUGGCCGCUUCUGGGAGACGGUGAAGCCAAGGGACAGCGCGUACAUGGCCGGCGAGAACAUUGGCGAGAUCCGGAAGCCUGGGGAGAAGGCCGAGAAGCCUCCCAAUGCGCCACUCGCCGCGCUCCAGCACAUGCAGCAGGAGCUCCCGCACUCCAUGCAAGAGGCGGCCAAGGAGGUCCAGGAAGCGGGCAAGCAGGCUGCGCGCAAGUUGUCCACGGCUUUCGAGGAAGCUCGCUCCAGUGCUUGGUGGCAGAAAGCGCAGGGCUACCUGGAUGAGAAGCGGACGGAGAUCGCGAAGAAGGUCUCCGAGGUGCAAGCCAAUGCCCAGGCGGCUGCGCAGGCUUCCUCCAUGCCGCCGCGAAGGCCACGUCGGCAAGCAGAGCCAAAAGCCGCAGCUGCCGCGGGCUCGGGCUAUGGGCUACUUACCCCGGGAGAUGUGUUCUUUGACGUUGGGGCACAGGCAGCUGCCGAACCUACGCAGAAUGGACCCAGUCCAACCUCGGCUCCGGCUGCAGAAGCGGCGGCGGCUUCCUCGGCUGCGCCCGCCGAGUCCCCUGCGGAGGAGAAGGAAACCCCGUCCUCGCCUGCGAAGCCGACAGAGAAGCCAGCUGAGAAGCCGGCGGAGAAGCCGGCAGCUGCGGAACAGGCAGACGGCAGCCCAACUAGCAAGAGCCCGGCGGCAGACCGGCAGGAGACGAUCCUCGUAGAGGCCCAGGUCAAGAUCGGGGACGGAAGUGUGCAGCCGCUCCACGUCCGGGCCUCUGACAGAUGUAAAGACGCCGCAGAGCGCUUCGUGGCGGAACACUCUUUAAAGGCCUCCUUCGUGAAGCCGCUGACGGACUACCUGAAGAAGGUCGAGCGCGAUGCCGACACUUUCCCAGUCCACGUGGAGGUGGACCUCUUGGAGUUGGGCCCCGGGCACUAG